AGGAGAGAGCCGAGGUUUCUUCUGUUAUUAAAGAUUAUUGAAUAUUUAUAUGAUGGAAAGUCUUCAAUUUAUCUGUCGGGACAAGGGUCAACAUCCUCCACCACCUCAUUUUCUUAGACUCGCUAUUGUCUGCAUCGGGCGACCAACACCGUUUCCAAUAUUGCUUAUAAUGAGCACAUCUUCGAGAUAGCCCGCGGAACCGCACGUCUGUAUCACACUGCAUGCUCCACUGUUCCUUGUCAUGGAGAAAUGAAUUAUUGGCCAGAUGAAUUUGUUGUUGGUCGCGUUCAUAUAACUAGCGGGAAGGGAAGGACGGGCUGCUCCACAGAUAUUAACACCGAUGUCUUGGGAUCUGAGGGCGGCUUUCCAUUUUCCUGGACCUUUGAAGGGAGUGUGAAAUGUAUCAUAGUAGAAUCUGACAGCAUCCUAUUGCAAUAUGUAAUCGUAGGUAUUGAGGCUGUAUCCUGUCCAAGCCUUCUUUUGAUAGCCUCGCCUUGUUCGAGAGUCUAUCUGCGGAAGCUAGCUGCUUGUGCCGUGAUGUGGGUAGAGAGAGGCCCUGCAUCGAAUUGCCGCCCGGCGCACUCGGUUAUCAGACCGCGCGAGUGCACAGCAACAAACCCCCCGGGAUUGACAUACGAGGUACGGGCAAACGGACAUAAACGACACUCUCUCUUUGCUCCCCACUUCGCGGCACUUUUGUUUGACUUCUUCAAGUUGAACAAACCAACGCAUUCAUAAUCUUGGACGCGGGCGUGCCGAAUCGAGGGGCGAGGCCGAGGUCAAAAAAAAGCACAAACGCAAGCCGCCGUGAUAUGGAGCCUCCUCAUAGACAUACAAAUGUGCUCUCGUACAGUAAUAUGUAGUGGCCCCAUCGCAACGGCCAAGACGGUUUCUGAGACCUUCCAAGCCGUUGCUAUACUUCU